GGGACUCCGCGCCGGGAAGCGUCGGCCGGGGCCGCGCCGCCACGGGCCAGGUAACGUCCUCCGGCGGGGCCCGAACCCCCGGGCCGUGUCACCUCGCGGGGCGGGCCGAGGGUUGGCCCGGGGCGCGGCGCCCGUCGCGUCUCCUUUCCCCCCCCACCACCCCACCCUGCCGAGGGCCGCAGGUGGGGGCUGUCGGCACGGCGCCGGAUGGGGGGGGGAGGCCGCCGGGGGUUCUCGGCGCAAAACGAAGAGUCAGCAGCCGUUGCGAGCGCCGGGCUCCGCCGAGGACUUUGGUCCGAGGACUCGAUGGCGGGCGCUGUGUGAGCGGGCCGAGCGCGCCGGGGGACGGAGCGGAAGGGUCGCCCGGUGGGCGUCGCGGUGGCCGCGGGCUGUCGCCUGCUAUGGAACGCGAUGGAGGAGAGCAGGAAUCCCAGCCCGAGAGCCACGUGGAGAGCAGGAGCGGCGUGAAGCCCGUGCCCGGGGGAGCGGCCCACGUCAAGCUAGAGAUAAAGAAACACGCCGUCACGGAUGACUACAAGCUGUCCAAGCGGGUGCUGGGGUUAGGAAUCAACGGCAAAGUGCUGGAGUGCUUCCACAAGGAGACGGGGCAGAAGUGUGCUCUGAAGCUCCUGUAUGACAACCCAAAAGCUCGUCUGGAAGUAGAAUAUCACUGGCGAGCAUCGGGUUGUCCCCACAUUGUCCACAUUCUGGAUGUUUAUGAGAACAUGCAUCAUGGAAAGAGAUGCCUCCUCAUUGUCAUGGAAUGCAUGGAGGGGGGAGAGCUGUUCAGCAGGAUCCAGGAGAGAGGAGACCAAGCUUUCACCGAGAGAGAGGCCUCUGAAAUAAUGAGAGACAUCGGCACAGCCAUCCAGUAUCUGCACUCAAUGAACAUUGCCCAUAGAGACGUCAAGCCUGAAAACUUGCUUUACACGUCAAAAGAAAAGGAUACUGUACUUAAACUCACAGACUUCGGCUUUGCCAAAGAAACCACUGUACAAAAUGCACUGCAGACCCCCUGUUACACUCCUUAUUAUGUGGCCCCAGAAGUCCUUGGUCCUGAAAAGUAUGACAAAUCGUGUGACAUGUGGUCUCUGGGUGUCAUCACAUACAUUCUCCUGUGUGGGUUCCCUCCAUUCUACUCGAACACUGGACAAGCUAUUUCUCCUGGGAUGAAGAGAAGAAUUCGAAUGGGGCAGUAUGGGUUUCCCAAUCCAGAAUGGGCUGAAGUAUCAGAAGAAGCCAAACAACUGAUUCGCCACUUACUGAAGACUGACCCAACAGAGAGGAUGACAAUUUCCCAAUUUAUGAAUCACCCUUGGAUUAACAGAUCGAUGGCAGUGCCACCAACGCCUCUUCAUACCGCACGGGUCCUGCAAGAGGAUAAGGACCACUGGGAUGAAGUUAAAGUGCCUCACCUACUGUUUGUACUGAUGGCAGUUGAAUGCUUCCUGCAAAGUGCAACCAUAGGGCAGACUAAAAGUUGUUUGCAAGCCUUAACUCUUUCCUGCUGGCCUUUACCAGGAGGAGAUGACCAGUGCUUUGGCUACCAUGAGGGUGGACUACGAUCAGGUGAAAAUUAAAGACUUGAAAACAUCCAACAAUCGCCUCCUGAACAAACGCCGCAAGAAGCAGAAGCAGUCCGGCACCUCUUCUGCAGCCCCAGGGUGCAAUAACCAAUGAGAAGAGAAGCCAAGGACCUGUGGGUGGAGGGUAAAUGUGUUAGAAGGAACAAUUUAAAAUGAAUAAGUACGAUCAGCUCAGUUGACUGAGUACCACGAACUCACAGAGACUGCAAAGAAUCUGUCCUGCAAAGAGGGAGCAGGGGGAAAGAUAACAUUUUUUUUAUCUUGAAUCAGGGCUUUGCUUAUAAAGGCUACUUUAUAUGAUAUGAUUCUGUUUGCAUAUUGCGAGGGAAGGUAUAAUGGGGUUUUGGCUUUAACUGUGUUGGAUGAGUGGAGACAACAGGAGACAGUCUCAGCAUGCUAGUGCGCUGAGGCUUUAAUAGCUAUCUACAGGAGUAACUUCUGCUGCCAUUUUAAAACAUGGGAAUAGAAAAAAUGCCAAGUGUUCUGCUUGGAGUGUUGUAGGAGUUCAAGUGUGAGUACUGAAAAAGGAGAAAAAUGCCAAUGCUUUUCAUACGAGUAGCACAGGUGCAGUUCUACUUUGGAUGUAUGUGGACAGCAUUUCAUGCUAGAAUAGAUAGGAAUAGUCAGUGUUUCCAAACAUAUCUCCUAUAGCUCCAGAAUAUCGUCUAAGCAGUGAACAGUUAUUCCUGUUGUAGGGAAAAAAAAACAUCCAUACAUUUCCAUUUUCACAAAGUCUUCAUGUGGUCUUACGUAAUGAUUUGGGUUUGUUGUGGUUUCUCCUCUAAUUAGACGUUCAUUUUAUAAAUGUAACCAUUAUGUUGCAUCUAUACCACUGUCAGAUUCCUCUCUUGUGAUGUUUUUAAUUUAAACGGUGCUUCAUGCCAAGAGUUUUAAUUAGGAUUUAAUUAGUCACAAAUGUACUGCCGGGAAUGUUGCGGUUCCUCUUGGAUUCGCCGUGUCCAGGGUGUGCAGCUGGACAUGCAACUGUGUAUGAGAGACUCGAUCUGGAAGAGAGACUUCUGAAACUCAGGAGGAAAUGGCACCUUCUGUGAGUAGAGCCCAGUGUCUGCCAGCAUCCCUUCCAGCAAUUACCUCCAGAUCCUGUGCCUGAGAUGUGCUGAUCGUAUCCUGUUUGGGGGUGUUGGGAUUGGUUUGUUUCUUGGGAGCAAAGAGGGAGAGGCUGCUGCUUUAUUUGUGAUGUUUUGACAGUAUUUCUGGAUCCAAAGAUUUCCAUCACCUGUGGGAAACUACCUUUAAGGAUAUGCACUCUUUUUUUUUUUUUUUUUUUUUACUAUUCUAAUUCUUGUUUUAUCGUAUCCUAGCCUUGGUUUGCUAAUUUGUUUUACUUCACGAUCAAAAUAUUUUCUCUUGCUCUAUGAUGUAGGGUUUUUUUAGUUGAGGUAAAGCAAAUGUUUGUAAAAGUAUUAUCAGAGUCUAGAAUGAAAAUUAUAUACUUCCACUGAUGCAGGCAAAAACUGCUUUGUGGUUGGCAUACGCAGUGCUGUUGUGUUAGUAGCCUGAGAAGGUUAAAAGAGAAGGGAAAACAGGACUCCAGGGAGGGCCUGAGGCCCAGAUCUGACCGCAGGAUGGGAUUGUUAAACCCAACGAAGACCUGCUCGAGGCUUCCAGCCCUUUCUGGAGAGUCCUGUUCCCAUCUUACAGCAUUGGACGAGGCCUCCAUUCUUCUGUGUUGAACUAGGGUUUUAUAAACUGAUUUUAAUAAACCACGUUCCAACA